GAAACGGAGCGCACAGAGAAGCAAACCCAGCACAGGCUUGCUGUUGUGUAGCACUGGUGUCGGCGCGCCUGCUUUCCGAUUGCAUUUUCUUCCCAGGUCGUUUUAUUUUUGGGGUUGGGAGUUUUGAAUCUUCGGCAUGGGAGCCUGUCUGGCGCUGUGUUCAGCGGUCAGCUGCGUGUCGUGUCUGUGUGGCUCAGCACCAUGCCUACUGUGUGGAUGCUGCCCCUCCAGUAAUAACUCCACAGUGACUCGCCUCGUCUUCUCCUUCUUCCUGCUGCUGGGUACCAUCGUCUCUAUCAUCAUGAUCCUGCCGGGCAUGGAGACACAGCUCAAGAAGAUCCCUGGGUUCUGUGUGGGCGGCAGCUCCAUUCCUGGCGUUUCGAACUCUGUGAACUGUGACGUCAUCGUGGGGUACAAGUCUGUGUACCGCAUGUGCUUCGCCAUGGCCUGCUUCUUCUUCCUCUUCUCUCUCAUCAUGAUCCGAGUGCGCAGCAGCAAGGACCCGCGGGCCGGCCUGCAGAAUGGGUUCUGGUUCUUCAAGUUCCUGGCUCUGGUUGGCAUCACUGUGGGAGCCUUCUUCAUCCCAGACGGGACGUUCAACACAGUGUGGUUCUAUUUCGGAGUGGUUGGUUCCUUCAUCUUCAUCAUCAUCCAGCUGAUUCUGCUGAUCGACUUUGCUCACUCCUGGAACCAGGCCUGGGUGCAGAACGGAGAGGAGGGCAGCAGGUGCUGGUAUGCAGGCCUCCUCAUCUGCACCUUACUAAACUACGCUGCCUCCUUCGCCGCCCUGGUGUUGUUCUACGUGUACUACACCACACCGGACGCCUGCCCUGAAAACAAGGCCUUCAUCAGCCUCAACCUCAUCUUCUGUGUGAUUGUCUCCAUCGUCUCCAUCCUCCCACGAGUGCAGGAAGCCCAGCCUCAGUCAGGGCUGCUGCAGGCCUCUGUCAUCACUCUCUACACCAUGUAUGUGACCUGGUCCGCCAUGACCAAUGAGCCAAACCGGACCUGUAACCCCAGCCUGCUGGGGCUGAUCUCUAACAGCAGCUCCCUCUCCCCCUCCCCCGCCCCGGGGCAGGUGGUGCAGUGGUGGGACGCGCAGGGCAUUGUGGGGCUCAUCAUCUUCCUCAUGUGCACCCUAUACGCCAGUAUCCGCUCAUCCAAUCACAGCCAGGUGAAUAAGCUGAUGCUGACGGAGGAGGGGGCGGGGCUGGGCGGAGAGUCCUCAGAGGGGCUGCGUGAAAAGGGGCUGCAACGCCCGGUCGACAACGAGGAGGAGGCUGUGACCUACAGCUACUCCUUCUUCCACUUGUGCCUCGUCCUCGCCUCGCUCUACAUCAUGAUGACGCUCACCAACUGGUACCAGCCUGACGCUGGGUACCAGAUGAUGACGAGUGCCUGGCCGGCGGUGUGGGUGAAGAUCUCGUCCAGCUGGCUCGGCCUGGCUCUGUACCUCUGGACUCUGGUGGCGCCGCUUGUCCUGCCCAACCGUGACUUCAGCUGAGCGCCAGCAGGGGGAGCUGAGGGGGUUGGACACACAGCACUGCUCACAGGAAACAUGUGCCGACAGCAUCAUUGCGGUCCCUUACCCUCUCGGACAGCGGCACUCUGCCCACUCUCUCUCUUCAUUCACAACCCAACUUCAACCAGGUCCUGAAUUGCUCAGAUAAACCGCUUCAAUCUGCAGUGUUUCUUAAAGGGUACAUAAGGACCUUUUUAUUUUAUUGUGUUACAUGUUCCCAUGUGUUGCUACAGCUGUUUACGUUUG